AUGAGCGCGUGCAGCAGGAAGGCCCUGACCUUGCUGAGCAGUGUCUUUGCAAUCAGCGGCCUGGGGCUGCUGGGAGCGGCGGUCAGCACCGACUACUGGCUGUACCUGGAGGAGGGCGUCGUCAUGCCUCUGAACCAGAGCAUCGCCAUUAAGACCUCGCUGCACUCCGGCCUCUGGAGGGUCUGCUUCCUGGCAGGUGAGGGACGGGCUUGUGGUUCUCCGAUUUUGUGUCCUUCCUUCUCAGGUGACGAGUCUGGUCGCUGCUUCACCGUGGCCUACGUCAUGCCCAUGAACGUCCAGUUGACGUCAGAGUCCACGGCCAACGUGCUCAAGAUGAUCCGCUCCGCCACUCCGUUCCCCCUGGUCAGCCUCUUCUUCAUGUUCAUCGGCUUCGUCCUCAACAACAUCGGCCACGUCCGGCCUCACCGCUCCAUGCUGGCGUUUGUAUCCGGGAUCUUCUUCAUCCUCUCAGGUCUGGCUCUGGUGGUGGGUCUGGUGCUGUACAUCUCCAGUAUAAACGAUGAAAUGCUGAACAGGACUAAGAGCAGUGAGGCCUUUUUCACCUACAAGUACGGCUGGUCCUUUGCAUUCGCCGCCAUCUCUUUCCUGCUCACCGAGAGCGCAGGCGUCAUGUCCGUCUACCUGUUCAUGAAGCGCAACUCAGCGGAGGAGAUCUACCAGCCUCGCCACCAGAGCUUCUACCGCCCUCGGGUCAGCAACUGCUCCUCCAACCACUCGAGCCAGUUCCUCCACCCCGAGGUGUGGUCACGUGGGCGAAGUCCCUCCGACAUCUCGAGUGAAGCUUCGCUCCAGAUGAGCGCCAGCUACCCCGCUGUCCUCAAAUGCCCCGCAUACGACCACGUGUCCUCCUCGCCCUGCUGA